CCGUACACGAGAGCGUUUGCGAGCUUGAACUUGGUGCGCGGAUUGAGUGGUUUAUAGAAAUAUAACGAACCAAAGUAAAUAACUACUCCACUCAGUCGAAUCAGGCUUACCUUUUAUGAUGUAAAAGGUAUGAACAACGAUUCAAAUCAACAUCGCAACGACUGUGACAUAAAAAGUGAAAACGCGCCUCCAUGAGACCGUGGUACAAAACCUGGCAACCCGCUCCUCCAGGCACAGAGGCACCGAGGUGGAAAACCUGGCAUCCCACUCCAACAUUCACGAGGUGCCACGCUGUGACUGCAGCACCGUCUCCCCGUGUACUUAUUGAGGGGAGGGGCCUAGGAAAAUCCAUGUUCUGAAGGAGGGAAGACGUCAGCGUGUAACUAUUGAUAAUCUGCCAUUGAGGCACCUUUUCGCACCUUACAUCAUAAGCCAUUGAAGAAGUCUAAAGCCUUCACAGAUAAGGACAGAGUAGGAAGGCUCAACAGCAUGAGCAGGAUGUUUUGUAGAAAUCAUAAGAAUGAGAUCUGUUCUGCAGCAGGAUCCCCACAGUGUUGAACACUGCGUGACUGGUCUCUGUGAGCAGAGGGAGAGAAGGAGGAGGGAAGGUAGGAAAGAUAGAAGGGGGAGGGGCAGUAAUUCAGCGCAGUGCAAGCAGCCUGGAAGAGCCACAGCACAGGCAGCAUCAGCACCACUAGCUGUAGCAUCUUUCUGCGUGGCUGCUUUAUGGGAGCUGUCUUGUGGCUGCCGGAGCGUCUGCAUCCGCCAAGGACUCACACAUAUCUGCACACAGUCACUCGAUUGCGCUUGCAGAGCAGGUCUCAAAGGCACACAUGGCUUGGCUGCCAGCAGGGAAGAGGUAGUAAGUAAGGGGGCGCUGGGGACAGAGGGACACAGGAACGGAGAGCAGGGACAAGUGGUAGUCGUGUGAACGACAGAAGGGCUGGAGCGACGGGGACAAAAGCAGCAGCAACAGUAGCAGCGGCACCAUGGCGCAAGCCGCCAAGCAGCUCCGCAAGACCAAGGACCUCGCCGAGGCCGCCGCCCAGGAGCAAAGGGAGAAGGAGGAGGAAAAGAUAAAAAAGCGAAAUCGAUCCAGGGAUCGCAGACGUAAGGCAGAUGCAGCUACUAGUUUUUUGCGAGCAGCUCGUUCAGGGAAUCUGGAUAAAGCUCUGGAUCACAUUAAGAAUGGAAUCGAUAUCAACAGCGCGAAUCAAAAUGGUCUUAACGGGUUACACUUGGCGUCCAAGGAGGGUCAUGUGAAAAUGGUUCUUGAGUUAUUACAUGCUGGCAUCGAGCUGGAAGCUGUCACCAAGAAAGGCAAUACUGCUCUCCAUAUCGCAGCAUUGGCUGGGCAGGAGAAGGUGGUAGCCGAGCUUGUGAACUAUGGUGCCAAUGUGAACGCCCAGUCCCAUAAAGGCUUCAGUCCUCUCUACAUGGCAGCACAGGAGAAUCACUUAGAGGUGGUCAAGUACCUCCUGGAAAAUGGAGCCAAUCAGAGUCUGCCGACGGAGGACGGCUUUACUCCUCUGGCUGUGGCACUGCAGCAGGGCCAUGAAAAUGUUGUGGCUCUGCUUAUCAACUACGGCACCAAAGGCAAAGUGCGGCUACCUGCGCUCCACAUUGCUGCGCGAAAUGACGAUACACGUACGGCAGCAGUGCUUCUACAGAACGAUCCCAAUCCUGAUGUUCUCAGCAAGACUGGUUUCACACCUCUGCACAUUGCUGCACACUAUGAGAACAUGAGUGUCGCCCAGUUACUUCUCAACAGGGGAGCCAAUGUUAACUUCACCCCUAAGAAUGGCAUCACACCUCUUCAUAUAGCCUCCAGGAGGGGAAAUGUGAUGAUGGUUCGACUCCUGUUGGACAGAGGCGCACAGAUUGAUGCCAAAACUAAGGACGAGCUGACUCCUCUGCACUGUGCAGCCAGGAACGGUCACGUUCGCAUUAUUGAGCUCCUUUUGGAGCACGGUGCUCCUCUCCAGGCCAAAACCAAGAACGGCCUAUCCCCCAUCCACAUGGCAGCUCAAGGCGAUCACAUGGAUUGUGUAAAGCAGCUUCUUCAGUUUAAUGCAGAGAUCGAUGAUAUCACUCUCGACCAUUUAACCCCACUUCAUGUAGCAGCCCACUGUGGUCAUCAUCGCAUGGCCAAAGUCCUACUGGACAAAGGGGCCAAAGCCAAUGCACGAGCUCUGAAUGGAUUCACACCUCUCCAUAUUGCUUGCAAGAAGAACCACAUGCGGUCGAUGGACCUUCUGCUAAAGCAUUCUGCUUCCCUAGAAGCUGUCACAGAGUCUGGGUUGACUCCUCUUCAUGUAGCAGCAUUUAUGGGUCACCUGAACAUUGUAAAGAACCUGCUCCAGAGAGGGGCUUCUCCAAAUGCUUCCAAUGUGAAAGUAGAGACUCCCCUCCAUAUGGCCUCCAGAGCAGGACACUGUGAAGUAGCUCAGUUCUUGUUGCAAAACGCUGCACAAGUGGAUGCCAAGGCAAAGGACGACCAAACUCCUCUCCACUGUGCAGCUCGAAUGGGCCACAAGGAGCUUGUGAAGCUGCUUCUUGAGCACAAGGCGAACACAGACUCUUCUACAACCGCUGGUCAUACACCCUUACACAUCGCAGCACGAGAAGGUCAUGUGCACACUAUAAGAAUCUUGUUGGAUGCUGGAGCCCAGCAAAGCAAAAUGACCAAGAAAGGUUUCACCCCUCUGCAUGUGGCAUCAAAAUAUGGAAAAGUGGAUGUCGCUGAGCUCCUUUUGGAGAGAGGCGCCAACCCGAAUGCUGCAGGCAAGAACGGUCUGGCACCCCUUCAUGUGGCGGUCCAUCACAACAACCUGGAUGUUGUUAGACUGCUGGUCAACAAAGGAGGAUCUGCACACUGCACUGCCCGAAAUGGCUACACUCCCCUGCACAUUGCAGCAAAGCAGAACCAGAUCGAGGUGGCCAGCUGUCUGCUGCAGAAUGGAGCGACACCCAACUCUGAAUCCCUACAAGGUAUCACACCUCUACAUCUUGCCUCUCAGGAGGGACGGCCCGACAUGGUGGCUCUGCUCAUCUCCAAACAGGCCAAUGUCAAUCUUGGUAACAAAAACGGAUUAACGCCUCUGCAUCUUGUGGCUCAGGAGGGUCAUGUGGGUAUCGCAGACACAUUAGUCAAACAAGGCGCGUCUGUAUAUGCUGCUUCAAGGAUGGGCUACACACCCCUCCAUGUUGCCUGUCACUAUGGCAACAUCAAGAUGGUGAAGUUUCUUCUGCAGCAGCAGGCACACGUGAAUAGCAAGACAAGGAUGGGAUACACACCUCUGCACCAGGCAGCGCAGCAGGGUCACACUGAUAUUGUCACGCUGUUGCUCAAACACGGUGCACAGCCCAAUGAGAUUACAUCGAAUGGAACGUCUCCCUUGGGCAUUGCAAAGCGACUAGGUUACAUCUCUGUCAUUGAUGUUCUCAAGCUGGUGACUGAGGAGUCCGUCUCUGCGAUUACGACAGAGAAGCAUCGAAUGAGUUUUCCUGAAACAGUGGAUGAGAUUUUGGAUGUCUCUGAGGAUGAAGGGGUUGCCCAGCUAACCUUAGGUGAUGAAUUGUUGGGGAUGGAUGGAGCGCGUUAUUUGAAGCUUGACGACUUUAAAGACCAGGAUGAUGACUUCCUCUCGCCAAAGAAGACUCUCAGAGACUUUGAAGGUGGAAUGGGUACUACGCCAUAUUCUCCUGCCAUUCCCAGAAUUCCUUGUGUGUCUCCAGAGACAGUGCUGCUUGAUCAGCACACACCUGUCCCCCUGCCAAAGGAAUAUGAUGAAGAUUCUCUGAUCCCCAGUAGUCCAGCUACUGAAACUUCAGACAAUGUCAGCCCAGUGGCCAGUCCUAUUCACACCGGCUUUCUGGUAAGCUUCAUGGUAGACGCUCGAGGGGGCUCUAUGCGAGGCAGCAGACACCAUGGCCUGCGAGUGAUCAUCCCUCCAAGGACCUGUGCUGCACCUACACGCAUCACCUGUCGUCUGGUCAAGCCCCAGAAACUGACCACGCCUCCUCCUCUAGUAGAGGGGGAGGGGCUCGCUAGUCGCAUCAUCUCACUUGGACCUUCAAGUAUGCAGUUUUUGGGACCAGUCAUAGUGGAGAUCCCUCACUUUGCGUCAUUGGGCCGAGGGGACCGGGAGCUGGUCGUCCUCCGCAGCGAAAAUGGUUCUGUCUGGAAGGAGCAUCGGAAUCGCUACGGGGACGAAGUGCUUGAAACUAUUCUGAAUGGGAUGGAUGAAGAUCUGGAAAGCCAAGAUGAAUUAGAGAAGAAGCGAAUCCGGCGCAUCAUAUCCACAGACUUCCCCUUGUACUUUGCUGUGGUGUCACGUAUUCAGCAGGAGAGCGAUCUAAUUGGUCCUGAAGGGGGCCGCCUGACCAGUAAGCUGGUCCCCCAUGUUGAGGCCAUCUUUCCAGAAACAGCUGUAACUAAAAGAGUGAGGCUUGGGCUGCAGGCCCAGCCGAUCCCAGACGAACUGCUGACUCGGCAGCUUGGCAACCAGGCAACUUUUAGCCCAGUGGUCACCAUUGAACCUCGACGUCGCAAAUUUCACCGUCCCAUUGGCCUUCGCAUUCCACUACCCCCGUCCUGGAAGGAGAGCCCACGUGAUGCCGGGGAGGGAGACACGACAAGCUUGCGCCUCCUCUGCAGUGUCAUUGGCGGGACAGCACCUGCCCAGUGGGAGGACAUUACAGGAACCACAAAGCUAAUGUAUGCCAACAGCUGUGCCAACUUUACCACCAACGUUUCUGCAAGAUUCUGGCUGGCGGAUUGCCCCCGAACAGCUGAAGCAGUAACAUUUGCCAACUUAUUGUACAGAGAAUUAAUGUCUGUCCCAUAUAUGGCCAAGUUUGUUAUUUUUGCCAAGAUGAAUGAAGCCCGCGAGGGACGAUUACGCUGUUACUGUAUGACUGAUGAUAAAAUGGACAAAACACUGGAGCUGCACGAAAACUUCAGUGAGGUGGCGCGGAGUCGAGAUAUUGAGCUGAUGGAAGGUUUGCCGCUGCACCUUGAAUGUUCUGGGAACCUGGUGCCUAUCAGAAAAGCUACACAGCAGCCUCGUAGCUUCAGCUUCCAGGCCUUCAGAGAUAACAGACUUCCUGUUUCUGUGAAGGUCAGAGAUAGCAACAAAGAGGCCACUGGGUUUUUGUCCUUCCUCCGAAAGUGCACCAAGUAUGAAGAUGCGCAACAUGUGCUGUGCAACCUGAACAUUACAAUGCCACCAUGUGUCAAGGUGGCUGGAAGUGAGGAGCGCAGACGGACUCUCACUCCUCUGGCUCUGAGGGAGCGCUACAGUGCCCUGAAUGAACCUGGCGUUGCCACGGUAAACGCGAUGGAAAGAACGGAGCUGAAGAUCAACCUGAUCUCAGAACAGCUUGGUUUAAGCUGGGCAGAGUUGGCACGGGAGCUGCAGUUUGGUGUUGAUGACAUCAACAAAAUCAGAGUUGAGAAUCCAAAUUCGCUGCUGGAACAAAGCUCGGCCUUGCUGAACCUGUGGGCCGGCAGAGAAGGAAAACGAGCCAAGAUGGAGAGUCUGUAUAUUGCACUGAAGAACAUUGAUCGCGGAGACAUCGUGAGCUCGCUUGAAAGUUCUGCGCCACACGCUGCAUCCAGUUCUCUGGAGGAGGGAGCCUGCAGACUCAGCGACCGUGACUCCACCCUACUCUCACCGAGUGUCAUUAAUGAGGUCACGGACACGAGGCUAUCCCGCCUUGUGCACAAGCCUCAAGUUAUUAGACCCCCGUUUUUCAGAAGGGGUUAUGGUCUGGUGCAGGAAGAGCUUAUCUCCCCGGCCUCCAUGCAGUACAGCUUGCCCUCCCCAUUAGGCGUGGAGCCCUACUGGCAGGAGGUCUCCAGCCUUGAAUGUGCUCCCAUCGCCACUACGGAAGAAGACACAUUACUGGAAAUGUCUGAUGUUCAGGUGUGGCCAGCAGGGGUCAGCCCCUCACUGGUGACCGUGGAGGACUCAUCGCUGGACGGGAGCAGCCGUGCGGACGACUCAGAGGGCGCCACGCUCUCCCUUCCUUGCAGUUUGGGACGGCCGAGCAGCGGCGCCAGUGGGGCAAGUGGCUCCAUCAUGGAGUUGGAAGAAGAGGAGGAGGAGGAGGAUGGAGAAGUUGAGGAAGAGGAGGCGCCACAGGAGCCAGCAAGUUUACUGGCAGAGAGGGACAGGAUAAGGGCGAGUGGCGCCGUUCCCAAGGCCAACCUGAAUGGUCAGCUGGGAGGUCAGAGGUCAGACGGAAGGAGAGCGGAGGCCCUCGUGACGUCAGGAGGAGCAAAAGCAGGGCUAGGUUCAGUCGAAGGGAUUUCUGUUGUUGCAGGCCAGCAGGUGUACACCCAGGGCUGUGAGCUCGCCGGACUCAGUCAGGGAUCAGAACACAACGGAGACAACCGGUUGGUUGGAGGUGGUGCUUUUCAACCCUACUUACCUGACAUGGAUUCGGUUCAUGGCUGGGUGGGCUCCGUGUCGUCCGCACAGGACUGCAGCGUACCCGGCUUGCGUGUGGCCCAGGAGGCUCUGCUGACUCCGAGAGAUCAGAAAGAGGAGUUCACUUCGGAGACGCCGUUUGCUGAUGAGCGCGGCAGUAUGCUCGCAAGAAAGGUAAGGGUGGAAGCAAGAAGGUCAGCUCAGUCAGUGCAGCGCAGCAGUCCACGGCGGGUUAAACAUUGAAACUCACUUAACUACUCAGUCCACUAAGGACAGGAAGGUCACUGCCAAACCAUCAUCCACAAAAACACAACCGGACCGCCGAAGAAAAUAAACGCAAGAGGCAGUGAAAGACUUUGAAACAAAACCACAAAAUGAAAAACAUAAAAAUCAUCCUCAAUGAGUGACAUACACACACAAGAAAAGAGACAGAAAAAAAAGUUCAACUUGUAGUUUUAUAUCAUUUGUAAAGUCUCACUUAAACUAAGGCAUGAUGAUAUUUCUUUUUUACAAAAAGGCAAAACUUUAAAUGUAUAAAUGAUGCAGAAAAAAAAGCGACAAAAAGUGCUUCCUGUGAACCUUAAUCGCAUGAUGACUGCUGGUGCAUGCCCUUUGACCUUUUAAACUGUCAUUAUCUACAAACUGAAGGGGUACAAGGUACAGGGCAGGCCCAUGCUUGGCUCCCACACUGUUUUAAGGAACCACUUUCUCCCAUGUGUCCAGUCCGGCAGCCAAAAAGCGUCCUGUCGCAGCUGAACUGAAAGGACUGAUGCUUCCCCCACUGGACCCCAGUUAUUCUCAAUGUGAUAUAUGCACUCUAUGCUACGUGGACAUGUGUGUCACUGUGUGUAUGUGCGAGUACGCGUGCGCCUACUCUUCUUUACCGCAUGUGUUUCAGCUUCUGGCUUGGCCUGAGCUGUGCCCAGUGAUAGACAGGUGAACCUGCGAGGUCACGGCUGGCUCGCCGCCUGAAUGAGAAUGCCGCCCUGCUUGUGAGCGUCCUGUCUGCGUGUUUUGAUGUCUCUUCCUGUGGAUAACGCUCGCUUCUCACCUAUGUUUCUUUGGAGCCGGCUUGGAUUUGAAGGCAGGUUUCAUCAUGGAUCCGUUCGUCUUUGCCACCACUCUUAAGUUAUUUUGGAGGAGGCUUGUCCAUGAGACAAAGAGAAUGUUUAGGUGGAAAAGGUUUCAUCCGACAUCUUUCUCGACUUGUGUUCCUACCAGUAGCAAGUUGAUAUGCAUUCAUAUUGGACUUCUUUUUGUCAAACUUUGUAUCUGUUUGCAACAACUGUAGCGCCUCAGUGGUUGAGGAUUAAGAGGUGAACGAUAUGGCUGAGCUGAGUGAGGACAGGCAGCACAUCACCGCUGCCUUGCUGGCAUUGACACCCACUAUUUGUGAACUGUGAAUACAUACGAGUGAAAGCACACACACACAAAUGUCAUUACAACUGCUGUGGGUUGUUUUGGAACGUGCCGCAGCAAUAAAGGAGAACAGCAGAAAAGCAACAACAACCGUUUGAGAAAAAGUUUGCCGUCCUUGCCUUUUUUUUUUUUUUUUUGAUGGCUUCUUUUAACCUUGAAUGAGUCAGCGGACGUGCUAGUGCCAGAUCGGAUGAGUCAGCAGUGGCAGUGUGGGACUGCAGCAGAUUGUAAAGUAGCAAGAUUCUAGCCACAAACAGGAAAGAGUUGUUGUUGCUAAAUAUGUCGUCUUUUAUCCUCUGAAAAAUCCUAAUUCUUUUCAAGUAUUAUGCAGAAACCCAAUAGCAUUGCCACCAGUAGGAGGGGCUGCCACAGUAGCACGUCAUCAAAAAUAUGAAUCCCAUAAGUACUGUAAAUGCUACUGUAGCUACUCUGUGUGAGAAAUCAGGUCACGCUUAUCUUUCCCAUGGCCAGUCCAUGCACAUGAACGCCUCAUUGGAUAUAGCACACGUGGAUCACAUAUCACCUUGUAUCAGAUACUUCACUCAGGUUUUUCGUUCUGCUCAGUCCAGCCACAGUCUUGACCUCCGACUGUUGAGUAUGGGAUGCGGAACAUUGGGGCAGCAUCUGAAGGAAAGGUCUUGGUGUGUGACAGACUUUGAUGGACUUCUGCAUCUGAGUAGCCGAACCGUUGUUUUUUAGUUCAAGUGGCACAUUAUGGUUGAUAUCCUGGUGAGAAGGAAUCUGCUGGUGAGUGAGAAAGUGAGGAGAAGCGUUUCUGGAGAGUAGACUGUUCAGGGCAGCGGAGGGGGAGAGUUGAGUGUAGCCUGAAAAUAUUGUUUCUUUUUGCAUGAACUGCACAAGUCCUCUGACAGAACUCUUAUAAAUCGAUUGUGUCAAUCAUGGCAUUAACAUGUCCUACAAUGUUCCAAGGUCCGACCGUGGAACCCGCCACAUGGUGAAAACAAAAUACUAAUGUUGAACUUGAUGAUGACUGUAGCCUGCUAAUAUGAGUGUGGUUGUUUAAGGUUUGCAUUUUUCUGUGACCUGUCAACACUGAGCUGUUUUGUCAAGAUAAUCAAGUCAGACUCCACUCGAUCCUUCUCUAGUUGUUAUUGUUAUUUCUGAAUGUUUAACACUUGCACAAGCUUUUUUUUUCCACAUGAUGGUGCAGUCAGUUCACCCACAGCUGCAAGAAUGUGAGUAUUGAAGGCUUAAAAGCCGCACAGAUGUAGUGUUGUUUUGUUUGAAAUUUGGUUGUGGUACGGCAAGUUGGUCAUUAUAUUCAUGAUGGUUUUGCGUCAGGUGAGUAAAAGAGAGAGUGGGACACAGAUCUGCGUUCACUUGAAUUUGGCUUAAAAAAAAAAAAAAAAUUAAAAAACAGAUGAUUUUACCGGGCAUGUGGCUUGAAAGGUCGUGUUGGCCUUCGGCGAUGUAUCUUGAAGAUUGUUGUAAAAUGUAUUGAGAAGAAUAGAACAGAAAAUCACCUAUACUCCUUUAGUAUGGAUACAUGACAAUGUAAACGCAAUAUCAUGUUAAAAUAAGGAAUGCAACUGCACUCAUGCACAAAAAUAUGUUUUUAUGAAAAUAUGUGUACAAAUAUAUAACAAAAAAAAUCUAUUUAAUUAGAAUGCUAUGCACCCUUAUAGAGUUGUUAUGGAUGUUCUUUCAGCAUUAUCUAGACUAGGCCUGCGCCCACGUCGUGGGAAAUGUCGGGGCUUUGUAGCGAUGACCACUUGGUUUCUUUUCUUUUGUAUCGUCCUGGAGGAAGGAGCAUCAACCGUGAACAUGUAAACAAGCCUUUCAAUCAUUGGUACAUGAAGACAUGUAUAGACCAUCUUACCCUGUACACCAGCUCAAACCAUUUACAAGAUUAAUAAACAAAGAUGUGA